AUGUCUAAUGAUACACAAAUUUUUGGAGAUAACGCAAUAAUUAAUGAUCAACCUAUCAUCAAAUGGGUUAAGGAGACAUUAAAUCUCCCAGAUGAAGUUAAUAAUAUCUAUUUUAGCCAAGAAUUAAACGAAGAAAAAAAAGAUAAACCAAUCGUCAAAACAUUGGGUGGCCAUGUCAUUGAAAGGAAAGGCGCUAUUCAAAUUAAGACAGCUGAAGAUGAUUUGAUCUCUAAAUACAAGUUUGAAUUUUCAAAUCCUGAUAAAACUUCAGCAGAAUUAACUACUUCUCCUGAUGUAGCACAAAUAUUGUAUAUUGUCUUCGGAUACUUAUCACCAGAGGAAUGCAACAAGAUAAUUUUCAGAAGUAACGAUUUUCAAUUUUCUGCUUACGUUUCUUUUACCAAAAGGAACGAUUACAGCAAGCAACUCAUGUUUGGCAAAAUAUCUUUACGUAAUAUUACUCCAGAAGGCCCAAUGCCAACAGAUAAACCAGAAAGAAAAUUUUUCAGAGCCAUUAACGAAACAUUCAAGCUUGAUAGAAUCAAAAACAUGUAUACAUUUGCACAACUUGCUUUAGAAUACGGCUAUACCCUUACAGAUCCUCUUAUUGAUUUAGAUCAAUCUUAUAACCUUCCCGCAGAUGUUCAAGAUGAUUUACAGACCAAUUUAUGCAGAAACGAAAUGGAUAAGAUACCUUCCCCUGAAUCAUUUACAGAAUUUGCUACAGAAAUUGCUUUUCCAUGUGCUGUUUUCCUAAUUGAAUGUUUGGCCAUGAACCAGACCCAAAAUGAAGAAGGCUAUCUCGAAAAAGAUUUUCAGCAAAGAAAAACUGUUUAUAAUUUAUUACUUCCAGCAAUUUUGCCAGUUGCCUUUGAAGCUAACGGCCAAAGUGUUCAAGUAACAUUUACUAACUACAUGGACAUCGAUGCAAAGCAGAUUCAUGACAGAUUUAUGACAGUUUUGAAUAGAACAUUUAAACCUUAUAAAGAUCUUACACCUAUGACCACAGCUACGUUCAAACAAGUCUUAAGUGGUGUAUACAAGCAAGCAGAUGUCAAAAAGUCCAACGAAUCCAAGAAUUAUAUUAUUUUGAUGACAAAACAACAAAAAAUCGGAAAAUUCGUUAGUUCUUCGAAAGACAUUACAUCUCUUAGGUUCGAGGAAAAGCCAGCAACAAGAUCUGAAGGUACUACAGAUUUUGCAAUUUAUAUGUAUCCUCUUUCUUCAAGUAUCAAGGAGAUUAAGGAAAUUAAGGACCAGUUCGAACAUGAUAUUGAAGCUGUUUACAAUAAAAUUGCUUAUUUCGAGUGCCCAGAGUGUAAUUGCCAAUCCUGCCAUAUUGUUCACUCCUGCCCUAAGGGACAACACAGAGGAUCAAGAGUUGCUUUCAAAGAUCCGAAAACAGGUGAACAAGUCAUGGAAAGAAUAACUCAAAUUGAAAUGGACGGCGAAAUAAAGGAUAUCGUUCAAAUUGAGUACGAUUGCUGCGGUAAAGUUAAUAAAGAUUUUGAUUUCGGCUGCGUUGCUUCUUACGAUCAUACAAUGCCAGAAGAAUCUGAUUACGAUUACCAUAUUUGGUCAGAUAUGAAUAUCCAAUAA